AUUUUAUUACCUUUACUGUUUUCUUUGGAGCAUGUAAACAAAAUUUAAACUUUUUAUUUAUAUCAGAUGAUAUUUCGAUAAAUAUUAUUUUUAAAUUCAACGAAUAAUGCAAGUUGAAAAGUAGCUAGAAACGUUUAACGAUGAGAGCUUCCAACAUUUUGAAGUUGCUUCUUGUUGCUGGUGCAAUUCUCGCAGUAGCAUACACUGUGAAUACAUAUAUACACAUUGUUAAUAAACUCACUGCCAGUGAAAUUAUAGAGGAGGAUGUGCAAGAGGUUUUAGAAGCCAGACAGGGAGAAAAAGCUGUCGAAAUAAAUUAUGAAAAGAAAGAAUCUCCUAAGAAGAUUAAUCGAGAACCUCCCCAACUUCCAGAAGUACAAAUGGCAAACCAGGUAUGUGAUAUGAAAAUCAAAUGUAAUGCAGAAAAGGAACUACCUGUUCAAAUAGUCAGUGGUGCUGCCAAUAUCAUCGGCCCAUCCAUUUGUGUUGGCGGUACAUGGAUCCUAAGUAAUUCAAAGGGAAAUGUACAUCGUGGAUUGAAUGUUGCUGUCAUUGAUGGAAGAACUGGAGCAAUGUUAAGAACGAAGGUUUUUGAUUUAUAUGAAGUUGAUAGUACAGAAUUUGAAACUUUUCUCAAUGAACUUGAUGAAAAUGAAGUCAUUAUUAUGACAACUUAUGAUGAUGCAACUCAGCGUUUGAAAGAUAGUACAAAAGAUAUGUUAGCAAAAUUAGGCAGCACGGAAUGUAAAACAUUGGGUUUUCGGGAUAACUGGAUAUUUGUAGCAGGUAAAAAACUUGACAAAGUUUUUGAAAAGUAUAUUCGCAGUGAAAAAGAUAAAAACAAAUAUGGGAAUUGGCCUGCUGCUAUCACACUAGAAGAAUGUAUUCCAAUGUUGUAAGUGUAACAUCAAUAUAGUAUAGACAACUAUUUUUCUGUCUUCCUUUAGUUCAAGGGUGUGCAACCUGGGAGCAAAAUGCGGCCUGCAGGGAAGUGCCAAUUUUGAAUGAUGUGUGGCCUGGGAAAAGAGUUUUUACUUUGGUAAUUCCAAUCCCUUUCGUUGCAAAGCUUAUACCCGAGUCCAAUUUAUUCUCUACGCCUAUAUGACUUUACAGUGCCCUAAUAAGGCAUAUCAUAAAAUAAAUAACCAAUAUUUUGUACUUGGCUUGCAACUACUAGAAAGCCUAUGAUAAAUGAGGAUGUUAAAUAACAGUUUCACCCAGUUAUAUCAAGCGGGCCCUCAUGUAAUAAAGUUUGCACAUCCCUGCUUUAGUUGCAUUUUUUCUUCAUAUAUGUGAAUUGUUAAAAAAUCGCUUCAAGUAUCAUAUCAUGAUUAUUUAACAUAACACUUAGAAUAAAUCUAGUCGUAUAUCUACUGUAGCCUGCUAUUUUAUGACAAUUAUUCAUAUUGCAUAUUGGACUAUUCAUACAUGAAUGGAACCACUGUUUUGAACUUUCUGUCAAAUACCUAC